CCGGAGCCAGGAGGAAGCCGCGCACACAGGGACAGCCACAGAACGGGGGUGCUAGCCCUUCCAGCGGCAGCUUUGGAAAAGGAUACGAGGGCGCUCCCUAAUGGGGGCGCGGUAACUGGGGAAGGGACUUGCAUCCCAGACUGGGCGGGAGUGAGUCUGUGCAGGGUCGCAGGCUUUUGCUGGCGGGCGCUGUCAGAGACUGGGUGCCAGAGGAGAACCGUGAGGAAGGGAACACCGAGGACAACCUUUGGUUCUGCCGUCCACCCAGAGGUCCCCACGUUCAGAUCGCUAGGGAAAGGGGGUAGUGCCGCUAGAAGGUGGAGGCAGGUGGCAAGCUGGAGGGAGUCUCCGCCGGGUGACCUAGCGGCUCGCUGGGUGCGGGGCACCUCAGGUUUCUCUGUAGCUUUGGAGCCUGUCCUGGAACUAACUCUUGCAGACCAAGCUGACCUCAAACUCACACACAGAGAUCUGCCUGCUUCUGCCUCCCAAGUGCUGGAAUUAAAGAAUCCAGGACAGAACCCUUGGCACCAUGAACCCAGUCAUUGGCAUCGCUCUCCUGCUUUCAGUCUUGCAGAUGUCCAGAGGACAAAAGGUGACCAGCCUGACGGCCUGCAUGGUGGACCAGAACCUUCGCCUGGACUGCCGUUAUGAGAAUAAGACCAACUCGCCCAUCCAGCACGAGUUCAGCCUGACCCGAGAGAAAAAGAAGCACGUUCUGGCCGGCACUCUCGGGGUACCCGAGCACACGUACCGCUCCCGGACCAGCGUCACUGGCAACCCCAACAUCAAGGUCCUCACCUUAGCCAACUUCACCACCAAGGAUGAGGGCACCUACGCGUGUGAGCUGCGAGUCUCUGGCCAGUCUCCCACAACCUUCUCUCAAAAUGUCUCUGUGCUCAGAGACAAGCUGGUGAAGUGUGGCGGCAUAAGCCUGCUGGUUCAGAACACCUCCUGGCUGCUGCUGCUCCUGAUCUCCCUCUCCCUCUUCCAAGCCAUGGAUUUCAUUUCUCUGUGACUGAUUGGGUCCACGGAGAAACAGGAAGCCUCAAGGCCCAGUACAGAGGUCCUGCUUCUCUGGGUCAGCUGACUCCCUUCCUAGGUCCCUCAGUCCCUUGGGGAGAAACAGGGACCCUGUCCCUCCUAAGGAACCCCAGUGCUGCAUGCCAUCCACCACCCUGCUCUGACACUCCGCCCUCUCCACUCACCGCUGGCUGCCAUUUUAUACUCUUCAUUCCGGGGCUGCUUCUGUUUAUUUCGAGUUUCUCCUUUCUUUUGUCUGGGAGUUUGUGACGAGGAAGGCCAGGAUUAGGGACCUAACGGAGCAAAAGGGUGGAUGAUGGAUAUUGGGGUGGCAGGAUACCAGUCCCUGGGGGGAGUUCCUCCUUGCCAACCAGGCCAGAUGCCUGAAGGAGACGUGAAGACAGAGUUAGGGUGUGUCUGUGCCUGGUACAGUCAUAUUCUUGAUGAAAGUAUUGCCCAGUGGGCAGGGAGGGGGCCUCAAGAUCUCAGGAUAUCAGCAUGCUGCUCAGCCUUUGUGGCCCGUCCAAUGAGGAUGAGAGCCGAGAUUCUACAAGAUCAUUCUCAGCCGCCACACACACACACACACACACACACACACGCCCCCUCCUAUCACUGAAGAAGUCCCCUGGGGAUCUUGAGCCAGGGCACAUUCAGUAAAGAUGCAGGUUCAACCAGAGAAUGUUGGGGAGAUGGGAGGGGGAAGAGGUGAGGGAACAUCACCCCUCCUGUCUCUGUCUGCCACUGCCUGAAGUGACAGGGCUGGCAGAGGAAGACCAGCUCCUCCCCAGCUCCCAGGGAGCCAGAACUCUGACUGCAGGACCUAAGUCACUGCAGGAAGGAGGUCCUAGAGCCAUCCAGCUGGACUCAGCUUGCUAAGGGAGAUCCUUGGCUCUUCUUUCCCAUGCCCCUCUGUGCCAGCCCCUCUGGCUGUCCCUGAUCCCCCAGACAACCAGAAUCUUGCCACCUGCCUCCUCUGGGACUUCCUAGGGUGAGAAGCAGGUGGUGGAGAGAGACCCAGUGUGAAUACCUCUCAGAAGAGUGAGACCCAGUGUGAAUACUUCUCGGAAGAAAGCUUUUCCCAACACCCACUUCCCCACUGGCAACUCUGCCUGUCCUGUCACCGUGUGUACUGCCACCACAGCUUACAGCAUCUCGCUGAGGAAAAAAAAAGCUGCACAAUAAAACCAAGCCUCUGGAGUCUG